AUGCUUUCUAAGCAUCUCGAUCCUAUGACUUUUCCACUUUUCUUCCCAAAUGGUAAUUUUGGAUGGACCACAGAUUUGUCACAUAAUAUGGAUCAUGCCACUGAAAAGCGAAAUAAAGUAACGAUACUUGAAUUUUAUUUAAAUAAAAUUGGAAUUCGCCGAAAUCAUUUCAAUCCUUUGUUCUAUGGCGGAAAAUUAUUUCAACAAUAUUUAGUAUACGUGUAUGCCCGUUAUGAAGCAAAUCGAAUGACAUAUAUCAGAAAUAAUCAAAAGACUUUACGUGUAGAAUCGUAUAAAGAUUUAUUAGAUCAUGUUAAUAACAUGAGCCGGGAUAAUAACGCCCGUAUUGGUAAUAUAUUUAUUCUUCCUUCAUCAUUCGUGGGUGGUCCGCAUUUUAUGUCCAAAUUAUAUCAGGAUAAUAUGGCAAUGGUUCGAAAAUUUGGCCGCCCUGAUUUGUUUAUUACUUUUACGUGUAAUCCUAAAUGGGAAGAAAUAAAAUCUGAACUUCAAUCUUUUCAAAAUUGA